GCUCCUCUGGGUGCUGCCCAGCCCCGUCAGCCAGGGCUGAACCCCCACAGGAUGAGACCUGUGUGGGGACCAACAAUCAAAGCUACGCCUGUGAGAGAGGACACUGCUGUGGAUAGUCUCAGUGCUGUACCUACUACUGGGAACUCUGGUGUUGUGUUCUGGCUGGUGUGGACCAUCAUCAUCAUCCUGGGCUGCUGCUGUGCUGGCCACCACUGCCGGCCAAGCACCCAAGCACCGCCUACCGGCCCAGCAGUGGGAACAUGAAAUCAACCUGAUCGCCUUACCAAGAAGCCCACAGUUAGCGCUGCCAUUUUGUUUCAUGCCUUCCAGCUACAGCAGCAGCAGCUGCCUGUACAGUGUGGCUCUGUGGGCAGCAGUCCCCAGGUGCCAAUCCCACCAGGGGCCCCAGGGGGCACAGAGCAGCCCUUUGGGCCCAGAAGAAGCAGCACGUGACCUUCCACCAUCAUCGCUGAUCCCUAGUCCUCCCAACACAGACACGCCAGCCAACCCACAGCCACCAAAGCCCCUGGAACGGAGCCCAGUGGCUCUGUCUCUGCCCUGGGAACUGGCCCCUGGGGCCUUGCUGGACACAGAUUCCGAAUGUCAGGAGGAGCUGCUGAAAGAUUAUACCUGCGAGCAGGACGGCCCCCUUCCCAACAGCAAGGACAGGACGCCUGGCAGACAUCGCCACUUCAUGGGUGACUUGGGCAUUGAGGUGUGUGUGUGUGUGCAACAGGCGCCACCACAGUGAUGACCUCAAAGAGCUGAACACUCAUGGCCGAUGCUCUGGAUGGAGCCCUGGACUUCUACCACCGCUGCCAUGUGUGGCCCCUGGAGACGAGGAGGAAGGGCUCGGCCAGCCUCCCAAGGAGCAGGCCUGAGAUCCUGGGCACCCUCACCUGCCAAGGCCACCCUCAUGCCUGCUCCUGAAUACCACCAAUGAGCAGGACUCCCCAGACUCCCAGCAUAGCAGCUCCCCCAGCGAGAGCAGGCCCUGUCUAUACCUGAGAACUUGGCAAAGCAACCAGGGCAGGGGAGAAGCAAGAGAGAAGCAUAGGUGACUUGCAGAGUAGGUGGUAUAGCUACUCAGCUGUGUGUUUUUUUUUCCCUUUUACUUUUUUUGGCCCCUCCACUCGCAUUUUCCUACAUCUUCCGAUGCCUCACCCCUCACAGAAGCACAGUGUUGCGGAGGGCUGAGAAGCUGGUUCUGUGACUCAUUCCUCAUUCCCCACCAUCAUUUCCGUUUUCCCCUUUUCAAGUCAGACCUCACUAGCUGCUUAGGUCGGGGAGAUGUGUGUUUCCGAAGCCCCCAAGGAAGGGGGCUUGAGACUGUGCCCUGAGGUGAUGCUUAGUGGAGGAGGGGAUGUUGGCUCUGGUGUUGGCGUAAGACAGGGGUCCUCAAACU